CGCUUUGCAGUUCACGCAUACAAUGCUGUGGUCGAAAAACUUCACUUGUAGUUAGCAUGUAUAUGCAAAACCGAGCCUAAGUGUGUAUCACGCAUAGAUUAAGACAUUCGCCGGACAUAGCUGGCCAUAAACUCUUUGAAUGUCUAUAUACACGAACACUGUGUCGGUGUGGGAAGUUAUGACAGAUGUCACACGCGAUGUCCUGUCUUGAAAAGCGAUCUAAUUGCCGCGCAAUAAUCAGCUAUACACAGUGACGAACUUUACAUCACGAGAGAUCGCAAAAUAAUCUGUGAUUCUACAGCAAGCGAUUAAAGAAGCUAUAUUUUUACAUCCUCAAAACUAUAUGAAUAAUGAAUCUUGGUUCAUAACAGACGCGUUGUAUAUUCACACAGAGCUUUUAAUUCCCCGCUGCGUCAUAUAUUGUGAGGCGUGUUUCGCAUAUACACAGGUAAGAUAUGUCAGUGCGAUCAGCUGAUUAGUCUGUUGUGUAUCAGUAAAGUAGCAUAUGUUGAAGGCGCUGGGACACGCGCUCUAAACGAUUUCUUAAAUCUAACUUGGCUUGAUUUUAUUAUCAAAUCGUGUUGCUUUUUUUCUCUAUAGCAGCGGUAACAGAUAUACUUCGCUUCUCAAGUGCGGUUUAAUCUGUCUGGUUAUUUAUACCUAUUUUGAGGAUAAGCCCGUUAUAUCAAAUACAACGUCUCGGAAUCGACUCCGCCGUCCGGCUUUUAUAAUCCUACAUAUAAAAUUUGAAACACCGCCGUGCGAGUAGGAGACUAUAUAUAUCAUUCCCUAUACUUUGGUGGUUAGUUCACGGAAGACGUGCUUUGUUAUGGGGGCUUUUAAAAGCCUCCCGAAGCGCGCUCGGCAGAGUGAAGGCGACGAGAACGACUGCCGCCAACAGAUAGUGUUAUUCACGGGCUCCUCUGAGAAGCUGGCGAUAUCUUACGGGCUACGUCUUGCCGCAGACCCUCAAAAGCGCUUCAAAGUUCUGGUGGCCGUCUCUUCGCUAUCCAGCGGUGAAAAUCUCAGCGACACGAAGAUUUUGAAAUACUUAAACAAAACAUUAUUUAUGUUGCAAAUGGACAUUUCAUCGCAAGAAGAUGUGAAAAACGUUGUUGAUCGGAUUAAGGAAGAAGACGGAUAUUUGGACGCUGUAGGUAAGAGAGCUUAAGCCAUAAUUGUUUUGUAUAUAUUUUUUAGGGACUAUAUAGCAACGCUUACAACAGCUUACGCGAGCCCACGGUCGCGUAAAUAAAUGCAUUGCUGAUUGCUGUACAGUUCAAUGUUGUUAUACGACAAUAGCCCUUCACAUAGCACUUAACGCAAUAUUCAUAGUGCCAACUAUAAUCACGUUGUGAUCGCAAUGUUCCAUUGUCUUGUCAUUGUUUUGAAAAUGCCACUGUUUUCCAAGCUGCACAGUAUUCCAGUCACUCAUUGUUUUGACGUAUUUGUGACGUUAUGCAAAAGAGCCUAUUGCAGUGUUUUUCCUGUCGCCUGUAGGCAGUAGGCGGGACUAAAUUGUUUCCAAAAUAAGAGAAAAAAAAAGCAAAAUUCAUGAUCAUUCGAGUCAUGAUCAAUCAUCGACUGUCUAUGACUGCUGUAUUAUGAAUGCAAUUUAAUUAUCAAUUAUCAAUUAUAGAAAGAGGUUCACCUAUAUUAACUAUGAUUCGACUGAGCACAUCACGUGUACUGCAGUUAGUGCAGUAGUCAUGUUCCUCUGCAGACUUGAUCACUCUGCACAACUCUCUGCUAUAAAUCCGACUGGGUAAACGUCCUUAAAUGAUUAUUCAUAAAAAAUAUAUAUUUUAUACAGUAUUAUAUAUAAUAUCUUUUAUAUCAAGCCAAGCAUUGUUGCAUAACACACAACUAAACUGAUCAUGGGGAUUCAAAGCACAACAAUAAGAAGCUCUAUUUUGCGUAGAUCUCCAAAAUCCGACUAUCCAAUAUUAGACAGUUGGGGAUUAAGUAAGAUCAUACACCUACCUGAAAAAUAUAAGCAGAACUUCGACGUUUCGACGAAGAGUCUUCGCUCGAAACGUCGAAAUUCUGCAUUUAUUUUUCAAGGAGUGGACUGCUUGAUACUUGUAAUACCCUUUUUAGGAUUCGCGAAUCUCAGCAAUUUUAAUUAAAUAGUUUUAGAUAUUUUAAUAAUUUUAAAUAUGUAAAUAAAGCUAUUGUAGUUAAAACAUACAUUAUGAUAUUACUGUAAUUAUUUCUGAAAAACCAUAUUUGGAGAAAUAUACAUAAUGUAAUAAUAAUAAUAAUAAUAAUAAUCCCUCUCAAACGGCAGCUGUCAUAUUAUCGUCGUUACCUACACCGACCAUUCGAGAUUAUUAUCCAAUACAACAUCGUAUUAUUAUUACGGUGAUCAAUUUUAGGUUAUGCUGAUGUUAUGAUGAAUAUUUUUGAGUUGAUGAUGCUAUAUAUCAAGAUGACGUUUGCCAUGUUUCAAAUAUCAUUAAAGUGCAUCUGAAAUAGGCCCGAUAAAUAUUAAAGUAUGCCUUUAAAGUUAUUUUCAAAGCC